CCCUUUCAUUGUUGAGCUGAUAUAUAUGUUAGUUUGAAGUUAUCAUUUGUGUUCAACCAUGGAAGCUCCAUCAGAGGCACGGUUGUCAAGAAGUACUGGAGGCUGGAUCACCUUUCCCUUCAUUAUAGCGAGCUCAGUAGGCUUGACCCUAGCAUUUGGAGGCUGGCAAAGCAACCUAAUUGUAUAUCUGAUAGAAGAAUUUGAAGUGGAAAGCAUCGAUGCUGCUCAGAUAUCAAACUUGGUUAAUGGUGCUGGAAGUUUAAUUCCUGUUCUUGCAGCAAUUGUUGCCGACUCAUUUCUUGGUUGCUUCUCUACCAUUUGGAUUUCUUCCAUCAUCUCAUUAUUGGGUACAAUCCUCUUAGCUUUAACAGCAACACUUGAUUCUUUGAGGCCAAAACCCUGUGAAGUUGACUCAACCUCUUGUAUCCCUAAACCAAGAAUUCAAUAUGUAGUACUCUAUGCAGCCAUAGUUCUAGCAACGUUGGGAAGUGGUGGUACUCGGUCAACCCUUUCCACAAUUGGAGCCGAUCAACUAAAUAAACCAAAGGAACAAGGGAUUUUCUUCAAUUGGUUCUUCUUCUUUUGGUAUUCGGCUUCUGUAGUAGCAUCCACAGCUAUAGUCUAUGUUGAAGAUAAUGUUAGCUGGAAAGUUGGAUUUUUCAUUUGUGCAGCGGCUAACGUUGUUGCUUUAGUCAUUUUCCUAAUGGGAACCAGAUUUUACACCAAGUUUAAGCCAGAAGGGAGUCCAUUCACUAGUUUGGCUCGUGUCGUGGUUGCAAGUAUUAGAAAAAGAAAAAUGCCACUUCCAUUGACUGGUGACGAUUUUUACCAUGGACGUAGUGGCGUGGAACCCAAAGCAAUACCUUUUGCGCCUUCAAAAACCUUCAGGUUCUUGAACCGUGCCGCCAUUAAAAGUGAAGGUGAUAUUAAACCAGAUGGUUCACCAACUAAUAGAUGGAGACUUUGUUCAGUACAAGAAGUGGAAGAUUUCAAAUCCUUAAUUAAAAUCGUACCACUAUGGUCAAGUAGCUUUUUCCUUGGCACUACAAUUGGUGUACAAGCAAGUUUGUCAGUCCUUCAAGCCUUAGCAAUGGACCGCCACGUAGGACCACAUUUCCAAAUCCCAGCUGGAUCCGUACUAGUUUUUGUCCUCAUCUCCACUGCUAUAUUCCUAGCCUUGUUCGACAAAUUUCUCUUUCCCACAUGGAAAAAUUUGACUGGCAAAUCACUUACUCCUCUUCAAAGAAUUGGGGUUGGACACGUACUCAAUUUUAUAAGCAUGGGUGUCUCAGCCUUAGUUGAGUCAAAGAGGCUAAAGUUAGCAAAAUCCAAGCACCUUGAUCAAGGUUCCAUUAUUGUGCACAUGUCAGUGUUAUGGCUUGUGCCACAAUUAGCACUUGUUGGCAUUGCAGAGGCAUUUCAUUAUCCUGGACAAGUAUCAUUGUACUACCAAGAGUUCCCAAUAACCUUAAAGAACAUGGCAACUGCGAUGAUUUCGGUGCUUGUUGGUAUAGCAUUUUAUUUGGCUACUGCUCUAAUUGAUGUUGUUAGAAAGACAACUACAUGGUUACCAGGUAACAUAAAUAAUGGAAGGCUGGACAAUGUGUACUGGUUAUUGGUUGUAGGGAGUGUAUUGAACUUCGGUUACUAUGUAACAUGCGCUUGGUAUUAUAAAUACCAAAACCUCAAGGAAGUGGAUCACAAUGGUUCUACUUCUGAUGAGUGAUUCACGGGUCAAAAAGAAAAGAAAAUAAAUGACCAUGAUUAUUGACUUUGAAAUAACAGCACGACAUUAGCUAUACAU